GCGAUCGCAGAAAAUGACCGAUGUAAAUUGUCUUACAAGCGAGCACACUGACACUGCCACUUCCACUGCGUGUAGUCCCCCAGGAACGCCCCCGAGAAAUGCCGGCACGGAUCCGGUAGAACCCUCAUCCCCGUUCGUGCUCCGCGCACCGCCCAGCGCCAAGUCCAAGCUGAUCCUCCAGAACAUGGAGGAGGUACUGCACUCGGUGAAGCAGAAGCAUCGUGAGAAGCACAAGCGGAAGCGCGAGGAGAAGCGCAGAGCCGCUCUCCUCGCAGAAAGUGGAAGUCAGGAGAAGCCCCACAAAGACCCGAAGGCGGACAAGGAGAAGCCACAGCCGCUGAGGGAGAAGUCCUCGCAGGAGAAUGGUUUGAAGAACGGCAAGAGGCGCUCCAGUCCCCUAAAAUGUAGCACACCCGUGGCCGAUCACCAGAGCAUCAUGAAGCACUUUGCCAAGGCGGGGAAGCCAGAGAACGUGGCCUCCUCUCCGGUUCAGACUCCAGCCUCCGCAAAGUCAAAGGCAACCACCAAUGUCUUCGAGUUUAUGAUGAAUGCCCGCAAUCGCUCCAUCGGCGUCAACGAAGGCGGCGUCGAGUCUCCCGCCGAUCAAGAGGAGGAGGGAAGCGCCAGCGGUGCCACGCCGCAAACGAAGCGGAAGCAGCUGCUCCAGGAGUGGAACGAACGCAAGGGUGGGGCCAAGAGGAGGCUUGCGGACGAAGCCCGCGGGGAGUUUAUCGAACUGAAAAUGGAACAAAGGGCUAAGAGAUUGAAGAAAAUGCUUACGAAGGCUGACCAGAAGGAGGUCUCAGCUCCAUCAUCAGCGCCCGCUGAGCCAACGGUCAAACGUCCUAGAGGCAGGCCACGCAGUCGUCGCCUCAGUUCCGUGGAUGUAGCUCCGGAGGUCAACGUUGAAGCCAAAAAGCCCGAUCCAGAAACUGAGGAGUUCCUAGCCAAGCUGUCUUCGCCCACCAAAAAGCGAGACAGUCUGCUCGGUUAUUUUGCCAAGGUGGAAUCACCUAAGGACAUAACCGAAAAGCAUCCCAUUGCGAUAGAAACACCUCCUCUGGAGACGCCCAAACGGAGAACGCUGCGAAGGAAGAGCCAGCAGGAGACGCCCAUUGUGGAUGUGGAAUCGACGCCAUCGGGUCGACCACGCCGUUCUUGUGCGGGCAAGGCGCGCUACGAUUAUGAUUUGGAGACGAGUCCCAGCAAAACUGCUGUAAAAGCAAAAGCCCAAAAGGCCGAGGAAUCCGUGGAGAUUAUCGAUCUGGACAGUAGCAACCCGGCUUCCACGCCAAAGAAACUAGCUCCGCUUUUCGUACGCCAGUUGCCCAAGCCAAGUCCGGAUCCCUCGGUUCUUAAGGCCCGCCAGGCAUUCCUGCAAUCCGGUGUUCCAGAUAAAAUUCGACAGGAACAGAUCCGCCAAAAGAACCACGAGCAAAUGUACGAGGAGAGCUAUGAGGUGUUUCCGAGAGUGGCGCACGUUGGCUACGAGAGUUAUGUAUCGAACGAUGAACCCCUGGUGUUGCCGUUUGCCUUGAGGGAGGAGGAGGACAGCACGGGAAUUACUACAACUACCACAUCAUCCACGUCGAGCAAACGUCGUACAAAGACGAGUGGUUUCACCAGCUGCCUCCCAGCUGAUUUUACGUCCAGUAGAAGCUCCAGUUCCAAGCUUGAGUACGCCAUUUUGCCCCAGCUGGAGAACAAGCGCGGAUUCGUGAAGCUCUGGAAGAAUGACUUUGACCGGUUUCCCACCUUCAAGUGCUACAAUCAGAUGAGGGAGAAGUAUCGUCACUUCAGCGCCAUUGACAGUUCGCACGAUACUCAGCAAGUAGGUGAAUCAUUUGUGGUUACACGACGUUCGCGCCGAUCGAUGGAGCAGCGAUCCGUGGACCAAAAUGAUGAGGAGGCUAAGCCGCCCUUAUCGGCUCCGAAUGGGGAGCUGCUCUUCACCGAAAAGUACAAACCGCUGCUAUUCGAGCAAGUCCUGGUGAAUCUAACGCCCGUGCAGGAGCUGCGCGAGUUCCUGGCCAGCUGGAGCGGGAACGGUGGCAGUAAUCGCAACUCACAGACCAUGGAUGACUCCACCUUUGAUAUGGGCAAUGAUUCAAGCUCUAUGGGAGUUAAUAGCAACACCAUGGUACUGGUGGGACCCUCUUCAAGCGGCAAAACUAAUGCUGUGUUUGCCUUGGCGAACGAUAUGAACUUCAAUGUGCUGGAGAUCAAUGCUGGGAUGAAGCGAACCGGAAAGAAGUUGAUCCAGGAGCUCCAAGAAGCCACACAGUCGCAUCAAAUCAGGAAGGAUAGCAAGGCGGCGGGCGGUGGAUCCUCUCAGCAGUUGCUUCAAAAGUUGCAGAAGAGUGGUCUAAAAGCCAAAGCUAAAGCGAAUGAACCUCCGUCCGACGAGCGCAAGUCCCUCAUUCUCAUAGAAGAUGCAGACAUUGUCUUCGAAAACAUGGAUGCUGGUUUCACGGAAGCUAUUUACACUUUGGCAGCCAGUUCCAAGAGACCGGUGAUUGUGGUGGCCACCGAUCCAAAUAGCGCCCAUUUACAGCGUCUAAUGCAACAAAAUCAGAUCCAUUUCCAAGCACCGAACGCCUUGAACAUCUCCAGAUUCUUGGCUGUGCUGUCCCUGAUGGAGAACUGCCCUAUUGAGCUGGAUGAGUUGAUAUCCCUUUAUCUGUACAAUGCACAGAAUCUGCGGAAGACUCUGAUGGAGCUGCAGUUUUAUAUUCAAAGUGGUGGUGAUCCAACCGGCGGAAGAACGGGAGCCGUAAGAUCGCCGAGCAAAAACUCACACAGCCGGUUAGCUACCGUAGAUGGCAGUCGCAUCCAUCAACGAUUGUUUGAGUUUUUCACCUGCCCGCAGAACGUCCAGCAUCGGAUACCCUUUCCCGUGGACUUUGGCCUGCUCCGCUUGAAUCUCACCGAUCUUAUAUGUAAUUCCCCGCUUCUAAAGGAGCAACAGCCACCUGCAGGUGGUCGCAACACUGCCAAGCGGAAGUCCCGUUCACCAAAGAAGGCCUGGUUAAGCAGCGCCACAGGCCAAAAGAGCGAUACUGCCACCAAAAGCUCAUCAUCACCCCUCGCCACAUUAGCUGCCUUUUAUGACAACAUUUCGGUGGCUGCACUGAUGGACUCUAGCCGGGAUUGCAGCGAUCGCUUGCAGUUGCAUCUGUCGGAGGACAUGGCUCACCUGCUGGUGGAGCAGGCUCUCCAAACCGGACUGGCGGCCAAGGAGUGUCCCUACAACCUGUUCGACAAGCCGGUACAAAGAGUGACAAUAUGCGAACAGUUGGGCAACGGCAUUAUGCGUUCCGCUUCCGCCAAAGCGCUGGACUUUGAACCCAACUUACGCUCUAUUUGCCGCAGCGAAAGGAUGCGAGCCGGGCAGGAGCGCAAAUCAAGUAGAUUCUAUCACUACCUGCGAAACCACACGGUGAAUGUGACGAGCUUUGCGAUGGAAUACUUUGACGCUGCCUGCGGUGUGUUCCAAGCGUGCAACGACAGUGAUCCGCCGGCGGAUGCCGAGGAGCCACGGGAUUAGCGGCGGUCGGAGUUAGUUUAAUUUAUUUCGAUUAAGAGUUGGUGGAGCUGCUCCGCCGGAUUUGUUUGCAAUUUAUUCAGAUCGCGAGGUAAGCAGAGUUGAUCUUCUUAGGCUAGUUUUGUAUGGACACGAUGAGCAUGAGGGAGAUGAACCUUAGACAUAGUUACAAAUUAAUUACACUAAAUUAAUAACGACCUGAGCCUAUUAUGUUAAUAAAUCAAUUAUAUAUGACACA